GGGAAGGUUCAUUCAACCCCACAGCAGACACAGAGCUGGCCUGUGAGUGGCGGCUAAAAGGGCCUUUAAAAAAAUAACCCCAAAAAAAGCUCUAUUUUUGGCUGCUUUGUUUCUUUCGGGAACCGUAUCUUGGUGGCAUGUCCAAGGCUCAGACAGAGAUGAAUUCCGCCACUCCUGCCAAGAAGCGCCGGGACUCCACCUUGGCAGAAAAAGUUAAAAUUCUGGAGCUUCUCCAGCAGCCGAAGGCCUCUCAGUCUUCGGUGGCUAGGAACAUGGGCUUGUCGCAGUCAACAAUCAGCCGAGUGAUGAAAAAGAGGGAUGAAAUCUUGGAGCGCUGGAACCACAAUGAAAACCCCAGCCGGAAAAGGAACAGGCCUUUCAAGCAUGCCAAGGUGGACGAGGCGUUGCUGGAGUGGCUCCUCUUUGCCAAAACCAAAAGGCUACCGAUUUCAGGACCUAUCCUCAUGAGAAGAGCAGAAGCGAUUGCCAAGGAGAUUGGAUGCACGCAGUUUAAACCUUCCAAUGGCUGGUUAUGGAGGUGGAAAGAGAGGUAUCGUCUUUUCUACAGAGCAGAGGUCCCACCAAGCGACACAAGACAAGAUGGCGAGGCGCAAGGUGAAAGUGUUAAAAUCCUUCCAGACGUUACAGAAAUGAUGCAAAUUGAGCUCAACAGAUCGACGGAAAAAAGAUACGACUGCUACCAAUUGGUAAGGGGUAAUCAAAUUAUGGAAGAAAAAUGUGAACCCAACGAACAAGCAGAACACAAUAUGCAAUAUUACGAGGAAAAUGCGCAGGACGCAUGUUUCCUUACCCAAGUUGCAGAAGACUAUAGUUCCGAUAACAUAUUUUGUGCUGUGGGUUCUCCCUUUCAGUUCAGAAUCAUAACAAACCGCGGCAAUGUCGCCGGCCAGAAAAAGGAGGCAGUCUGUAUUUGGUUAUGCUGCAACCUGAAUGGCACCGAGAGGCUGAAGCUAUUGGUCACUCACAAUCUACCCCCAAGAACCCUAGGAACGCAUUCCCUUUCUCCCGUCACGUUGAAGACCAGCAAGGAUGGCUGUUUGACGGAGAGUUUAUUUGCGGAUUGGCUUUUGAACUGGGACGCUAAGCUUUCCCAACAAGAAAGGAACGUUAUCUUGGCUUUCACUGCACAUAACUCUGUACCAAAACUCAAACUCAGAAAUAUCUCCUUAUGUAUCCUCUCCAAAGAUAAUCUGACUUCCAACCAGCAAUUUGGCGAAGACCUCAUCCAUGAAUUCAAUGAAUUCUACCGGGAGCUGCUCCAUGAAAGACUAGAAGAAGACACCAGCAUCAACCGAGGACCCGACCUGUCCCAUCAUAUUUCCAAUAUGUCACUGGUGGAGGCUAGUUAUACUAUGAACAAGGCCUGGUUGAGAAUAAGGCCCCGUACGAUAAAAACUUGUUUUGAGAAGUCAGAGGGGUUCAGAAUGUUAUGCUUUGUAAAACAUGAUCCCCUGAAAGAAGACAUCCCGUUCUCCAUGAUGCAGGGCGAUGCGAGGAGUAUCCAUGGUUCUAAAAAAACACCUACGAGUUCGGGUGCGUACAGAAGGAUCGUGAUCAAAGAAGAGGGUGACGUUGGGCAGGAAGAGUUUGGAAGCGAGACCGCCUGUUAUCCGAUUCAGAAGGUGACGGUUGGCGACGUGUUACCUGCUGGAUGCUCAGAAGACCAGUCCGAAAUCGGCUUCCCCAAUCCAGUCCCCAAAUCUGGCAAAAAGAUCUCAGAGAGCGAAAUUAAAUCUGAGAAUCGCUCUAGCCGUGCCCAUGAACUCAGAGAGGCUUGCGAUGUAAUCCAAAGAUUCCUGUCGAGCGAAGGUCAAGACAUGAGUAUUUUCAAUGCACUUCAGAGUCAAAUACAAAGAUGCUUAGCCUGUCCGAAUCGGGACAAAUUGUGACGCCACGUUAAAGAAAAUGACGCAACCAAAGACUGUGUAAAUGUUGAUUGCACCCGUCACCCUAUUAUCUAACGCUAUGCCCACAUUCAUCAACAGAGCAGAAAAAAUGUUUAUAUCUUGUAUUAACACUUUUUAGAUGGGUUAAAAAAAGUAUAUUUAGAUGGUUCAAAACAUAUUUAACAGUACAUCAUCUACAUGGCUUGGAUAUAAUUGCAUUAAAGGGGAACUCCCAUUUUUUUAUUACUAGUAUGACAUUAAAA